AUGGAGAUUCAGACGGAUGGUCCUGGGGAGAUACUGAGCGAAGAGGCGGCUGUAGACGACCACGAGCUGGCAGUGUUCUUGCGAGAAGUAGCUCCUGUCAUGGAGCAGGAACUGCAGCUCGCAUGGCGCUCGUUGCCAGUCUUUGAUGCGUAUGUGCCGCUGUGGGACGAUGUGGCUGAGACUUGUGAAAUGACACACCAGGUUUGGAAGGAAGGACUUGUCGAUCUCCAGGUCACCAGCGUGGCUUGGAAUUCGACGGGCGCUUCUUUGGCGUGUGCGUUUGGCAAGCUAGAUACGUUGGGCUGGUGUGAGGUGACAGCACCUGUCUGUGUGUGGAACAUAUUCAGGCCGCAUCUGGUUGCUGGGGAGCCCGACACAGUCCUCCAAGUUCAGGGUUUUGUGAUGUGCAUCGCGUUUCAUCCGACAAAGCCUAGCAUUUUGGCGGGUGGCACUUACAACGGCGAGCUGCAAAUUUGGCCACAACCCGAGGAAGCCGAAGUCACAGAGCGGCGGAAGCUUCAAGAGCUGGUCUCCAAAUGGCGAGCUGAUGAUUCGGAAGCCUGGUUGAGCCUGGCCCUCACUGCUGGGUUGUAUUUAUCAUCCCUGGCAUUGGUUCAUUUGAGCGGAGGGCAUUGGUCAUCGAUUAUUUUUCUAGCGUUUGCUCUGGUUCGUGCCUUUAUUGUCUUUCAUGACGCAGCUCACUCUUCUUUCUUUGAGAAGCCAGAGCACAACAAAUCCCUUGGCCAAGUUCUCCAAUUCUUCAUCAACUAUAGCCUCGAGGAAUGGAAUGCAGUCCACAAUUCUCAUCAUGCACAUUUUGGUGACAACACGAUCCGUGACAGUUCAUUAACUAUUUGGUUUUCUGAGCAAGAGCUGGACAACGCUGCCUGGUAUUUGCGGUUAGUGCAUCGUAUCAUCCGCGACCCGAUUUUCUUCUAUCCCUUGGCCGGCCUGUUUGUGUUUUUCCUGAACAAGCCGCAGCAGCACUGGCCAUAUCGAACGGUUGUACCGUUUCUUGUUUGGUACGGUCUUGGCAUGCAGACACUUUGCGCAUACCUUUUAGCUGCGUGGCUGGGAGGUUCCUUAGGUGUGGCAUGCUUUCAUUUGCAGCACCACUGCAAUUCUCCGUACCGAGUUCCAGAUGACUCCAGCAGAACUCAUUUGGACGCUGCCAUUCUGGGCAGUACGAGGAUACCGCUUGCUUGGCCACUGUCUGUUUUCUCAUUUGGUAUCGAGUACCACCACAUCCACCACUUUGACAUUCGAGUACCAGGGUAUCGAUUGGAAAGAUGUGAUGCUGAGGGAGAGGCUGCAAACCUCUGGACUCGUGUGAACACUGUGGAUUGGUUGCGGGCGGUGAAAAGCUUGUGCCACAGUCAGUUCCAAGGAUCCAGCAAAGCUUUUGAUGGCUUGGAGUCUCCUCGAUUUAGUUCCUUUUGGCCUUAUUCUGCCUUGGGCUUGCAGGAGCGUGGUAGUGUGAUUCGCGCUUUUCGGCCACCUCCAGGAGCUUCAAUGGGAAGACCCACUGGCAGCUACACUUGGAAGGACUGCGCAGUCCUAUUGCUGGACCAGCUGUCAGCCAAUGCAAGGCUGCAGCUACAGCAUCAUGUCGAAGGGUACUGCCGCACAGCGGGCAUCAGAGAGGUCAGUGCAGAGGUGAUUUUCCAGUCCAAGCCGGAUCCCAUGGUGCUUUUCCCGGCACCAAAAACGACGGACCUGGAGCCCCAUGCAGGUCCUGUUACAGUGGCUGCGUUUUCUCCGUUCCAUCGGAAGCUCAUGCUGACUGGAUCAGCUGAUGGCUCCGUGAAGCUCUUUGAUGUUCUUCAGCAACGAGCUGUACAGACCUUUUUUCCACCUUCUAAGCAUCUCUCCACUUGUGCUGUUUCAGCAGCGGCCUGGUCCUCCGCCAGGCCAUGUGUGUUUGCAGUUGCGAUGGAGAUGGGAGGUGUGUACCUCUACGACCUCCUCCAGAGUCGACAAGAACCUGUAUUGGAGCUACCACUUACAGGUGCCGGCUCCCAAAAGGCAACCAGUUUGGCCUUCAACCCGAAGCAGCGCGGCCUGCUGGGGGUUGGUGAUGACAGUGGCCGAGUGCGAGUUUUUAGAUUGCCUUUCCGACUUUCUGAACAGCAGAAAAUGGAGGCCAAUCAAGUGAGCUUGCCUUUGUUUUGA